GUUUCCGCUCCAAGCCGCAGCCUGAAUUUGAGUCGUAUUUUCCCUGUCCCCUCCCCACACCUUCCCCCAAAGCAUUGCAUUUUGAGUCAGAGUCGGAGGGCAGUUCUGGCUAGCCUGAGCUGGCCUGGAAAUGGAUCCAUCCCAAAGCCGGGUUUGGGCAUUUGGCCCUGUGGGAGGGGUUCAGGUUUCAGGUAGGCCUUUUUCAGAGCUAUCUCAGCUGCUAUCCACGCUUCGGGGGGAACACUGAUUUCAGAGGUCCGGCCGUCUUUGAUCUCAAUGUCAGUGGGCUGAGAAGUGCCACAUACAGACUCGGCAGGGCCCGUGAGACUGAAAACGAAGGAGGCUGUGAGGAUGCCAGAUACCAGCUGCAGAGGGAGAUCAGAGCCACAGGGAGGUGCCAGGCUGCUGAAGGAGCCAGACCCGGGGCCUGGAGUCCCCCUGCCCACUCGCUGUUUUCCCAAGAAGAUGAGCUUACUCGCACAAGCACCCCGAGCAGAAGGCAGACCGGUAUUUUGUGUUAUACAAACCGCCCCCUAAAGACAACAUUCCCGCCCUAGUGGAGGAGUACCUGGAGCGCGCCACCUUCGUAGCCAAUGACCUCGACUGGCUCCUGGCCUUGCCUCACGAUAAAUUCUGGUGCCAGGUCAUCUUCGACGAGACCCUGCAGAAGUGCCUGGACUCCUACCUGCACUAUGUUCCCCGAAAGUUCGACGAGUGGGUGGCCCCGGCCCCCGAGGUGGCUGCCAUGCAGAAGCGUCUCCAUCGCAGUGUUUUUCUCACCUUCCUCCGCAUGUCCACUCACAAGGAAUCCAAAGAUCACUUCAUUUCCCCCUCUGCGUUUGGAGAAAUCCUCUACAAUAACUUCCUGUUUGACAUCCCAAAGAUCCUGGACCUCUGCGUGCUCUUUGGAAAAGGCAACUCGCCGCUGCUCAAGAAGAUGAUAGGAAACAUCUUUAACCAGCAGCCAAGUUACUACAAUGACCUGGAUGAAAGCAUGCCCACCAUCCUUCAGGUCUUCAGCAACAUCCUCCAGCACAGCGGCUUGCAAGGGGACGGGGCCAGCUCCACACCCCAGAAGCUUGAAGAGCGGGGCCGGUUGACCCCCAGUGAAAUGCCUCUCCCGGAGUUAAAGGACAUUGUUCUCUACCUUUGUGACACCUGCACGACGCUCUGGGCCUUUCUGGACAUCUUCCCUUCGGCUUGCCAAACCUUCCAGAAACACGACUUCUGUUACAGCCUGGGGCUGGCCCAGCCUGUUCAGCUGUGCUGGAGGCCAGGCACGCCCACUGAGCAAAUGCAUGACCUCAUCCCGAGAACUUUCUGCGAGGGACGAGUCCCCAACAGCUUCGCUAAUCCCUCUCAUGGCAGCCUUCUCCUUUCUCUUGAACUCGCUUCCUUUUACGAAAUAGCAAUUCCCGAGCUGGAGUCUGCAAUUAAGAAGAGGAGGCUCGAAGACAGCAGGCUGCUGGGUGACCUGUGGCAGAGGCUGUCCCACUCCAGGAAGAAGCUGCUGGAGGUUUUUCACAUCCUCCUGUACCAGAUCUGCCUUCUCCCCAUCCUAGAAAGCAGCUGUGACAACAUUCAGGGCUUCAUCGAAGAGUUCCUGCAGAUCUUCAGCUCUUUGCUGCAGGAGAAGAGGUUCCUCCGGGACUACGAUGCGCUCUUCCCGGUGGCCGAUGACGUCAGCUUGCUGCAGCAGGCCUCGUCCGUCUUAGAUGAGACACGGGCUGCCUACAUCCUCCAGGCGGUAGAGAGUGCGUGGGAAGGGGUGGACCGACGGAAACCCACAGACGCGAAAGACCCCCCAGUGGCCGAGGAUCUUAAUGGCGUCGGGGCGACCGCGGAGCCAGUCAGUGGACCGGCCUCACACCCGGAGAACUCGGAGGAAGAGGAGUGCUUGGGGGCCGCUGCCGCCCUGGGCCCCCCCGUGAGUGGUGUGGAGCUGGACUCGCUCAUCUCCCAAGUGAAGGACCUGCUCCCGGACCUCGGGGAGGGCUUCAUCCUGGCCUGCCUGGAGCACUACGGCUAUGACCCGGAGCAGGUGAUCAACGACAUCCUGGAGGAGCGGCUGGCCCCUGCCCUCAGCCAGCUGGACCGCGGCCUGGACAGAGAAAUAAAGCCCGACCCGACGCCUCUGCUGGCAUCGCGUCACAACGUCUUCCAGAACGAUGAGUUUGACGUGUUCAGCAGGGACUCAGUGGACCUGAGCCGGGUACACAAGGGCAGGAGGAAGGAGGAGAACGCGAGGAGCCUGCUGAACGACAAGCGGGAGGUGGCAGCGCAGCGGCAGCGCUACGAGCAGUACCGUGUGGUGGUGGAGGAGGUGCCACUGCAGCCAGGCGAGGGCCUGUCCUACCGGGGCGAUGACUAUGAGGAUGAGUAUGACGACACGUAUGAUGGCAACCAGGUGGGCGCCAACGAUGCCGACUCCGACGAUGAGCUCAUCAGCCGCCGGCCCUUCACCAUCCCUCAAGUGCUAAGAACCAAAGUGCCCACAGAAGGGCAGGAGGAGGAUGACGAGGAGGAGGAGGAAGCUGAAGAUGAGGCCCCCAAGCCCGACCAUUUUGUGCAGGACCCUGCGGUGCUACGGGAGAAGGCAGAAGCCAGGCGCAUGGCCUUUCUCGCCAGGAAGGGGUACCGACAUGACAGCUCAGCAGCUGUGGCCGGCAGCCCCCGGGGCCACGGGCAGAACCGUGAGACAACCCAGGAACGCAGGAAGAAGGAAGCGAACAAGUCGACACGAGCCAAUCACAACCGGAGAACCAUGGCCGACCGCAAACGAAAUAAAGGCAUGAUUCCCUCCUGAAGCCGCCACGCCAGGGCCUGCGAGGAGGCAGCGGUGCCAAGCCCGCCAGGCUGUUUCCAUAGCUCGAGGCCUCCUCGCCAGAGACCCAAGUUCAACUCGACCCCUCAGCAGCCUCAGCUUUGCAGCCCCUGAGAAGGCCGCCUCGUUGUCCACCAGCCAGCCGUGAGCACCCUCUUGCAGAACACACAGUGCCUUAUCCCACAGCAGAGGAGCCCCUGGGCCAGCAGCAGGCAGAAGGGAGGGACAGAGCCCCAAGGCGAGGCCCAAAACCUCUUGCAGCCAGACACCGCUUCCCUUUUCUCUGGACGGCAGGAAACCUGUGUAUUCCAAACAAAAAAGGCCUGCGAAUAAAGCGUUUGACCCUUUUAAGCAA